ACGAACGAAGAGGAGAAGGAUAGGUUAUAUGAUGAUGUUUCUGACGAGAUUGGGCAAGCGGGGUUGGAUGAGUUUGUGGUGUUGUUGGGUGAUUUGAAUGGUCAUGUGGGGGCGGAUGCAGACGGAUAUGAAGGUGUACCUGGGAGAUGGGGAUAUGGUAUACGGAAUGAGGAAGGGCGUAGAGUGUUGGAGUUGGCGGAUUCACAUAGCAUGGUGGUGGGGAAUACCUGGUUUACAAGGGAACCAGCGCGAUUGAUUACAUCUAGGUCAGGGGAGCAUAGGUUAAUGAUAGAUUAUAUAUUGGUAAGGGCGAAGAAUAGAAAAUGUGUAAGGAAUGUGAAG